GGCCAGAGGCGUUGGAGAACAGAACAAAGGUGGAGACUGCGAUUCACUUCCACUCCCUUCCCCACUGCCUUCCUCCUCUCACUCUCACUCCCCCUGCGACCGCCGCCGAGAGGCCAUGGCGGAGCAAGCUCCACUGGCGCCGAUGCCUCGAGUCAAGCUCGGCACCCGGGGCCUAGAGGUGUCCAAGCUGGGGUUCGGGUGCAUGGGGCUCACGGGCGCGUACAACUCGCCGCUCGACGACGACGCCGGCGCCGCCGUCAUCGCGCACGCCUUCCGCCGCGGCGUCACCUUCUUCGACACCUCCGACGUCUACGGCCCCCUCGCCAACGAGAUCCUCCUCGGCAAGGCGCUGAAGCAGCUGCCGCGGGAGCAGGUGCAGGUGGCCACCAAGUUCGGGAUUCGGCGGGGCGCCGACGGCGUGCGCGCCGUGUGCGGCCGGCCGGAGUACGUGCGCGCCUGCUGCGAGGCCAGCCUCGGCCGCCUCGGCGUCGACUACAUCGACCUCUACUACCAGCACCGCGUCGACACCACCAUCCCCAUCGAGGACACGAUUGGUGAGCUCAAGAAAUUGGUGGAGGAGGGGAAGGUGAGGUACAUUGGGCUAUCGGAGGCGAGCCCUGACACCAUCAGGCGAGCUCAUGCCGUGCACCCAAUCACUGCAGUUCAGAUGGAGUGGUCUCUCUGGGCUCGUGACAUUGAACCCGAAAUUGUGCCGCUCUGCAGGGAGUUGGGCAUUGGAAUUGUUCCCUACAGCCCUAUCGCCCGCGGGUUUUUCGGAGGGAGAGGAGUGACAGAACAAUUGUCUGCUGAAUCUAAUUUGCAAGGACAUCCACGAUUUUCUGCUGAAAAUUUGGAGAAGAAUAAACAGCUUUAUCUGAAAACGGAAGAGCUGGCCAAGAAGCACCAGUGCAGCCCUGCUCAGCUAGCUUUAGCUUGGGUUCUUCAUCAAGGGGAUGAUGUGGUCCCAAUACCAGGAACAACCAAGAUAAAAAACCUAGAUGCCAACAUUGACUCCUUAAAGGUGAACCUCACGGAUGAUGACCUGAAAGAGAUCUCUAGCCAGGUACGCGAAGAAGAUGUCGCUGGUGGAAGACAGUAUACCUCAUUUGCACAUUACACCUGGAAGUAUGCUGACACGCCAAAGAAGUAAAGCUAAAAAAAUAUUAGUAUAUCAAAGAUAUUGCCUGAUUGCUAUUCUCCCUGCGUAUGUGCUGGAUGGUGUUAAAUGUAUGCCUUGUGAAUGCUCUCUGCGGUUCUAAUAAUGUACUGCCAAUAACAAAUUACUGCACUUCCACUCGCCUUUGAGAGCUUCACGAAACAUAUAAAACUUGCUUAAGCACAAUUUUUAUGUCUGCAUUCUUUUA